AGUAAAAACAUAUUAUUGGGUUAAAUAUGAAUUUAAUUAGCAUGCAGGACUACACCCGCAUCGCAUUUCCUAUAAGUAUGCUAAAAUCCCAGUGGCAAGGACUAAAUGCCACUCUUUAUGGUCACUGAAUGGAAAUGAAGUGUAGCUGUGCUGUUGGAAGAUGCUGUGCUCCUGUGUGAAAGUUACACUCCUUCAGGCCAUUCAAGGCCUUACAGUAAUCUGCUAACUGUAAUCAGAUGCUUCAAUGCUGCAUUUAGCAUUCUUUCUCAGGAAGGUCCACUCACAGUGGUAUCAUUAUGUUCCUAUCAAUGCUGUAGGAAAGCUGAGAGGGAGGCAAAACAGAGGAGAUGCCCCAGGUGAAUUUAGAAACUGGGCCACCAGAGAUAUCUGCUGUCAGACUAGGGACUAAACACUACACCACCUCUCUGCACUGAAGUGAAUUUUGUGCUUCUUGAAAGUCUAACCCAGCUUGUUAUUUCUGAUCUACAGCAGGUGAUUACAAAAAUGCAUAACUGCAGGUUUAUUGGCUGCAAUAUGUAGAGCACCUGUAGUGGAAAUGCAUUGCUGUGCCCAGAUCAUAACCCACACUCCAUUGGUUGUAAAUGGAGAUUGCAAGAGCUUUCAUAAAUAGGAAUUAGGUUUAUAAUCCUGAUGCUGUAGGGAAGAGGGAAUAGUAAUCAGAUUUAUCUGCGACACCACAAUUUUCAUUCCUUGUUUCCGCAGUGCUGUAGACAUCCAAAAAUAGACUGCAUCUCAUAAACCAUUAUUUAAAAAAAAAGAAAGCAUGCUAACAGCACGGCAGCAGCCGUCAGGUUUGUUUGUUGUUAAACAGUAGACAUACAGCUGUCAGUGCAGACAACUAUUUCAAACCCAAUCCUUUUAGAAAUAACUGAAGCAACACAUACACAAGGGCAAUAUAAAGCUGGAUGUAAGUCAUAUAAUACCAGCCCAUAGCUGUGCUGUAGACUUAUAUACGGUAUUCCAACAAAUGUAUAUACAGUUAUUAAAUAGUGUCUCCAGAAGGGAUGUAAAAGUGGACGGAUUGAGUUGUGUAUUAGAUCUGGCCUCUUAGAUUUUGUGCUCUUGCAGCUCAGAGAAGUACUUGGACAUUUGAUAGAGGAUUGCAGGAACACGCUUACAUCUGAAACAGAUCUUCAGUACAGCUGGCUUAGAGCUCACAGUGCAUUAAUCAUACCAGUACAUGUGAGACAGAUGGACUCGUAACAACAGCCUACUCUAAGAUAAUGAGGAAGGGGCUGUGUGAUUUUCCUUUGUUUUACUGUCUUUUUGACCAGCCACAGUCACGUGAGAGGAGUGCUGACUGCUGACUACCACAGUGCUUUGUCACUGUAGUGUAGUGUAGCUCACUUCCUCUCGUAAUAUUCAACAAACGGAUUGUCAUUUAGUCAGGCAGACCUUUGCUCUGUUUCGCACUUGAGGACGCCAUGGACCUGUAAUGGAUAAGAUAUCCCCCUACUUGAACUAACAACAACUGCAAGCGAGAGAAGUGGACAAAACACAAUCAGGCUACAUAAUCCCACUUGGACAGCAACACGCUGGUGUAAUAAACCGACCCCUGAGUGACUAGCUAACUGACAGAUUGACACUUUGACCAGACAGGGCUUUAGAUAAAUGGCUGACAAACAGAUCAGUUUGCCUGCCAAAUUGAUCAAUGGGGGGAUCGCUGGCCUAAUUGGAGUGACCUGUGUGUUUCCCAUUGACCUGGCCAAAACUCGCUUGCAAAACCAGCAAAAUGGAUGUCGCCUUUACACCAGCAUGUCAGAUUGCCUUAUUAAGACCAUCCGGUCAGAGGGGUAUUUUGGGAUGUACCGAGGAGCAGCGGUGAACUUAACACUAGUCACGCCAGAGAAAGCCAUCAAAUUGGCUGCCAACGACUUCUUCAGGCAUCACCUCUCCAAGGAUGGAAAACUCACUCUGCUCAAAGAGAUGCUGGCUGGGUGCGGGGCAGGUACAUGCCAGGUUAUUGUUACAACUCCUAUGGAGAUGCUGAAAAUCCAGCUCCAAGAUGCUGGACGAAUUGCGGCUCAGAGGAAGAUGAUGCCAGAGAUGGUGGCAGCAGGGACUGUGGAGACCAAGUCCCCAACAGCCAUGCAGCUCACCAGAGAAUUAUUUAGGGAAAAGGGCAUUGCUGGGCUGUAUAAGGGCCUUGGUGCCACAUUGCUCAGGGAUGUUCCUUUCUCCAUCAUCUAUUUCCCCCUUUUUGCCAACCUGAACAAUCUGGGUAAAAGAGGCGUAGAUGGGCCUGCUCCUUUCUACGUGUCGUUUAUAUCAGGCUGCCUUGCGGGAAGCACAGCGGCUGUUGCUGUCAACCCUGUCGAUGUGAUAAAGACUAGACUGCAGUCGCUGAACCGAGGGAGCACAGAAGACACGUACAGUGGAGUGACUGACUGUAUCAGGAAAAUCAUGCGUAACGAGGGUCCAUCGGCUUUCCUGAAGGGAGCCUACUGUCGAGCCUUGGUCAUUGCACCUCUGUUUGGCAUCGCCCAGGUGAUCUACUUCCUGGGUGUGGCUGAAUAUCUCCUUAGCUUCUUGCCUAAAAAAGACAACUAAGAAGCACAUACUUUCUGCCUUUCCCUCCCACAAGGCAGCAUACCAAUUGCGUGAGGAUUCAUCUCAUUCUAAAAGAAAUAUUCAAUGGGUCAGAGUAUGACCGAUCAUUACAUUUUACUUUUUAAUUUGUUGUGUUGAAUGUGAAAACAGUUUAUGAGGGAGCCUUUGUUUGCCAAGCUGCCUAUGGUGGCACACAACAAUCCAGUAGGCAUGCUGAGCUAGCUCUCUGGAAAUGAAGCCGCAAAUAUCAAUCAAAGUUUUAAAGGAAUAUUGCUUUAUAAUUACAGCAUUUUAAUGCAUUUUUUAAUAUGAUUGUCGAAUUUUCAAAGUAGAUGUACUGCCCUUGGUUCGCUGCACUUCUGCAAGCCCUACACUAUACUAAUUAAGUGAUCUAUUGAAAAUGACACACCAUAACUAGCUAAAUUAAAUGCACAUACUUUACUUAGAAAGAUAUUUGAGAACAUUCGAAGAAGAGGAUAUUUACUAAAAUGCUAUUCAAAGAAUUCCCUCAGACCGUAUGUCUUAAAAGAUAGUAUAUUUAGAAAUAGAGCAAAAUAUACAGUAUGCCUCUGUUUCAGACAAAGACCCAGGGAAUGUGUUGAUGUGAUACCAGCACACUCCCUAUGAUCUUUCCUGAGAAGCCACAUCCCUUCCUGUAAGUGGUUGUAAUGAACUCAGCCAUUCAGCUCCGAGCAGACUUUGAUUGCCUUGGCUUUUUAAGUAGAUCGGGUUCCAUCUGAUAUUUAGUGCUACCACAAUGGUUCGACUGUUUUGCCUCAGCGAUAAAGAUAUCUCCUGUUUCACAGUUACACUCUAGACCAAAGAGACAGUGUGCAACAUUUGGGCAUUAUGCACGACCAAUCUACAUGUACACAAUUUUUUAAACUUUCUAUGGGUCGAAACUGUCAAGCAUGUUGUAGUUGUGGCCACACCCCAAUCAGUGAUGUCACAGCAGCGGUUUUGCCUUGGAGGGAUGAUGGAAAACACCUGCUGUGACAUCACUGAUUGGAUUGUGGCCAAAAGUGCUGUGCGCUUUAAAUUUUUUCAGUCCACAGAGAGCAGAGCGGCAGUGGUUUUCUGCCCUGUUGGAUUCAUUGUGAUUUCAGAUGAAAGCUUUAGCCGUGAACACUAAAUGGGUUGAAAGCAAUUUUAAUAGAAUGCCAGAUUAUUAGUAGAUAUUUAGUAAUUAUGCUGACAAACGGUCAGACAUCGCAUGCUGAGGCUUCAUGAGUACAGUCAUCCAUUGUGGAGCCAUUAAGACCAUAGCUGGAGUAGUGCAAACCCCUUAGAUCCCGACAUAAUUAUUAUUGUUUACAGAUGAGUUACACACUUAAUUUAAAUUCUUUGUCCAAACUUGAAUUCAGUGGCAGGACCCAAAGAGCUAGUGAUAAACCUUUCUUUAUCAGAAAAUGAAACCAAUGUGUUUUCAGUGUUCUAUGAUUUUUACCAAACAUCUCGGCUUGUUUGCUUUAGAGGUUUUGUUUGCUUUAAGCUGCUAGGGAAAGCAGCCCCGUCGUAUCUUGUUUAUGCAUCACACCACUGAAGCCCCGCCAUUGGUUUAUCUCGCCGGAGAUCAAGGUGACUUUGAUGUGUAUAAUCCAAUCACAUUCCUUCUUUGCUCCCACUGUUCAAGCAGCUUGUCAAUUGUACUGUUGCACUGUAGAUACGCAAUGCAACUUUUCAAUGUAUUAUCAUUUGUGGGAGUGAGAUCUAUUUAUCGAUAAUCCUUAUAGGCAGUAUAGCAUUAUAUAUUUGUAUGUGUUGUUUUUUCUGUGUCAAAGUUUCCACCUUAACUAUAUUGUACAUAUGCAGAUGAUAUGAACUUUAUGUUUUAGGAUUUAUUGUUUGUUUUCUAAUUUGUGAUGGCUUAUUUGCACACCUACCUCUCCAGCUCCCCCCUCAAUCCAUAUUGUGGUGAUUUUAUGUUAUGAUGGUGUGGACAUAUCAAAUGAAGGACCAUGUUUUGAUGCAACAAGCAUCAGUUGAACUUAAAUGCAGCAUAUUGAUGGUGGUUUUUUUACUGUAUGCAAAGGGUAACACUAGUGUAGAUCUACAGUCGGAUGUUUUUUUUGGAGGUGCCAUUUCUCCUGAGCCCUUUGUUAAGUUGGGUCAACCUAACCUAUGUCCUGUUUCUACAGUUUUAUCAACCAGGACCAAACAGAGCAUUAUAUAAUGAUGGUAUAGAUGUUGUUAGUUUUAAGUGAAUGACCUCUGGCACUACUAAAACAGUUCUGAAAGUGAAAUACAGCCUGGGCAAGGCCAAUAAGGGCCUGCUGACAUCAGACUGUAAAUCUAACAUCUGUCUUCUUGAAUGGUGCUUCAUUCAUGAGGUAGCUGCAAUAUGACAUUGAUGGCACUAAUGACCAAGGCUGUGCCUACUGAAUCACAUGCUGGUGAAUCUCAGCUUUGUCAAUGUGUUAACUGAAAGCCAUAGGUCAGGGAGGGACAACAGAACUGCUAGACAUGGACUGGCACCUCCAGCCAUGUUGACAGAUGUCAGCUGAGCCACAGGAAAAUGGCGAAAAGUUGACUCGUAUGAGCUAGUCUUUAUAAAUUACUGUUGUAGUUUUUCAACAUUCCGAUUGCCAGUUCAUCUCAUAUAUGCUGUUAUUGUGAUCAUAAUGCCUAUAUUUGUGUUGUUGAGAUUAUUGUUAUGAUUUUUUAACCUCCCCACCCACCUUCACCCUGCCCUCAUUGUUUUCAGAUUUUCUUUAAAUCUGUUUCUUUGUUUGAAUCUUGAAAAUGUUGUGCAAGUCAUUUUGUUUUACUGAGCUGUGAAUUUUCACUGACCUUGUGCAUUUGGUUAUGUAUGUGCGUGUGUGUGUGUCUGUCUGUCUGAUUGUGUAGUGCUGUAGUUGAUGUGUAGUUGUUAGUGUGACACUGCGGUAUUUUUCUCUUUGAUUGUCAGACCCAUGCUCUCUCCCCUCUUUCCUUCUAUCCGUCACACUCCUCUGUCAUCUACUCUCCCCAGCAUCCACAGCCGGGGCAGCAGGUAAAUGCUGAGGAGCUCUAAAACACCAAAUGUAUAACUUAGAGUGUAUACCAUCAAAGAAAGCACAAAGGAUUAUUAGGCACAAGAGACCACAUGGCCCACUUUGAAUAUACUCAGACAAAGUCCUUGGAAAUCCAUGUGCUGCUUUUGCAGGAAUGGAUUAGAGUCUGAUUUAUUGCAGUAGAGAUGUCAAUUGAGAUGAACUUUUCAGUCUUGUAAGUUUAUCUGUCUGUAAAACUUGAUCCAUAGGGCUGAGGCGACUUAUUAUAAGAGAGGUGUCCACUAUGUCACCAAUCAGCAGUUAUCCACAAAAUGUAUAUCGCCUACAUAUUCUAAAUGAAUCAGAUAUAAGAAUGUAUCUUAGAUAUUAUGAGAUGUAUUAUAAUUAUAGUGAAGAGUUUAUUACAUUUUAAUCUAAAGAUUUGUGCUUUACACAUUCACUGAAAAAAAUUCAUGAACCAGCUCACUGAUAUGCAAUAAAUAGAAGCCACACAUAGACACACACUAGAAGAAAAAAACACAACGUAUGAUGCAAGCGGGGACCUUCUGGGGUCUCUUCACAGCCUCUGUUGUCUUCCUCCAAGAGGAAUUGUGCAUUAUAGCACUUUUAAACAAGGACCCUCACCCCACUGUCCAUCUACAAAGUCUCUCUCUCUCCGUGGCAGAGAGGGUGAUCAGUGAUCACUAUGAAUAUGUGUGGUGAAUGACACAGUUUGUCCUAGAAAUGUAUGACAAUGCAAUCGAAAAAAACAAACAAAAUAUUCCCUGUCACAAUUUGCUGUUCAAUAAACUGACUGUCCUGAAA